AUGGCUCGACGUCCACUAAUGCCACCAUUUCCAUCACGUUUUAACCGAUUUUUCGAUGAAUUCCGUGAUUUUGACUUGGAAAGAUCAUUUUUCCGACGACCCUAUUGGGCAGAUUAUCAAUUCGAAGACUCUCAUAAAUUAGGUUCGGGUGUUGGCGAGAUAACCGAUGAUGAUGAACAUUACUCGGUGACAAUUGAUGUGUCACAGUUUGCACCUGAAGACUUAAAAGUUUCCGUAAGUGAUGGAAUGGUUGUCAUUGAAGGUAAACAUCCAAUGAUCAAAGAUCAGUUUGGAGAAAUUGAACGUCAAUUCACUCGUCGUUUAACGUUACCAAAAGGUACAAAAACUGAACUGGUAACUAGCGAAUUAACAAAAGAUGGUAAAUUGACAGUGCAAACACCAAAAAAAGAGAAGAAUCAGGCACAAACAAGGACAAUACCAAUUUUCAGAAAAGAAUGA